UGUGAAGACUAUAUGAGAAACGAACUUGGAACCCUUCUUCAGUUCCCUAAGUUAACCUCGCUGCUACGAGACACCCAGUUCCUGAGCUCACCAUGGUCGAUAGCGUGUACCGUACAAGAUCACUUGGUGUUGGAGUUGAAGGGUUGCCUGAUCAAUAUGCCGACGGGAAAGCUGCCAAAGUGUGGGAGGUUUACAUUGGAGAUAAGACAUUCAGAACGAAACAUUAUCGCAUGUUUCUGACUGGUCUCUUGAGAGACCACAGCUGUAAACACGUUCUUGAUGUAGCUUGCGGCACUGGAAUCGACUCAAUAAUGUUGUUAGAAGAAGGGUUCAAAGUGACAAGUGUGGAUGCCAGUGAUAAGAUGUUAAAGUACGCUCUUAAAGAGAGAUGGAACAGAAGAAAAGACCCCGCUUUUGAUGCCUGGGUUAUUGAAGAAGCUAACUGGCUAACAUUGGCAGAAGAUAUCGUAAAGCCUGGAGAUGGAUUUGAUUGUGUGAUUUGUCUUGGAAACUCAUUUGCCCACUUGCCAGACUUUCGAGGAGAUCUGGAAAACCACAAAACUGCCAUCAGGAACUUCUAUGAGAUGAUAAAGCCCGGCGGUUAUCUGAUCAUCGACCAUCGUAACUAUGACUACAUCAUCGAUACAGGAAGUACACCAGCUGUGAACAUCUACUACAAUAGUAAACAUAUUAAGAGCAUUCAGACCUCCGUGUUGUACCAGAGUUCUAAACCAACAUUGGUAACACUCGACUACACCAUGGACAUUUCUGACUUGGAGAAUACAUUUGACAGCACCGAUACUGCCAUUACCAAGAAAGGACGUUAUGCUGGAGUUACAGUCGACCAUUUCCGUUUAUCAUAUUAUCCACAUCGACUGGAGCCUUUCUCUGGCAUGCUUCGGGAAAUCUUUGGGGAGGAUUCUAAACAUAAUAUCUACGGCGAUUUCAAACCACUGGAUAAAUGUGAAGACGAAGCUCCUGCCUUUUACAUUCAUAUUAUUCAGAAGUCAAAGUGAAUUGUAAUUAUUUUGUGUAAUGACAACAGUUGUAGUGGAGAUUACAUCUCUGUGAGAUAAUAUUAAACUUUUAUUUUUUCAUAUU